GGAAGGCGCUGCAGUUGGCGGUCGGGCUAGACAAGAGAGGCGCCUGCGCCUGCGCCCGCGCCUGCGAGCUGGGCUUGUGAGUGGGGCUGCCCAGCUGGCAGGCGUGGGGCGAGGCCAAAGGACUGAACCCGCAGGAGCGUCACAGGCGCCGGGGCGGCUGCCGACGGCGGGCCUGGGUCAGUGAGAAGCCCGUGGACCCCCGCCCUGCCUGCUACUCCCAUCCUCCCCUGCUGCGCGCUCCACGGGGAACGACCUCCGAUUGGGUCCAAUGCCUACCCUCGGGGUGGAGCCGGCAGGUUUUCUAUCAGAUGUUCCACGUAAUAAUGCUGGAGUUAAGAAGUUUCCAUUAUUUUGCUCCAAACCAGAAGACUCUGUUGCCUGUAUAUAGAAUAGGAGUAAUGUUUGAAAACAACUGGCUGGUGUUUAAGACUGAAGAUUGUCGUGAUUGUUUAUCCUAAUCCCAAUGCUGAAGUAAGAUUGUCUUGGAAAUACUAAGUUGGGAUAAUCCAAAUCUACUUCUGGAACCAUGAAAAUUUUGCUAGUUUUUGACUUUGACAAUACGAUCAUAGAUGACAAUAGUGACACUUGGAUUGUACAAUGUGCUCCCAACAAAAAACUUCCUAUUGAACUACGUGAUUCUUAUCAAAAAGGAUUUUGGACAGAAUUUAUGGGCAGAGUCUUUAAGUAUUUGGGAGAUAAAGGUGUAAGAGAACAUGAAAUGAAAAGAGCAGUGACAUCAUUGCCUUUCACUCCAGGGAUGGUGGAACUCUUCAACUUUAUAAGAAAGAAUAAGGAUAAAUUUGACUGCAUUAUUAUUUCAGAUUCAAAUUCGGUCUUCAUAGAUUGGGUUUUAAAAGCUGCCAGUUUUCAUGAUGUAUUUGAUAAAGUGUUUACAAAUCCAGCAGCUUUUAAUAGCAGUGGUCAUCUCACUGUGGAAAAUUAUCAUACUCAUUCUUGCAAUAGAUGCCCAAAGAAUCUUUGCAAAAAGGUAGUUUUGAUAGAAUUUGUAGAUAAACAGUUACAACAGGGAGUGAAUUAUACACAAAUUGUUUAUAUUGGUGAUGGUGGAAAUGAUGUCUGUCCAGUCACCUUUUUAAAGAACGAUGAUGUUGCCAUGCCACGGAAAGGAUAUACCUUACAGAAAACUCUUUCCAGAAUGUCUCAAAAUCUUGAGCCUAUGGAAUAUUCUGUUGUAGUUUGGUCCUCAGGUGUUGAUAUAAUUUCUCAUUUACAAUUUCUAAUAAAGGAUUAAUAUGCCAGCAA